AUGCACCGACACCAGUACAAGUCCGGCCACCUUCGCCAACGAUCACUGAACCACCAGAAUGUCGACACGUCACGGCCGGAACGCGAGGGUACUGGCUCGCCGUUUGGAUCGCCGUACAUAAGGGAAGAGGAGGAGACAAGCUACUUUGAGCGCCAACUACCCGCAUACCAAGAUGGGCCAAGCGGACCUAUAACGCCAGGUACUCUCGAGGCCGGCACUGGAACCACGCCUGUCCCUGACUCCCCGCCCGGUCCUGGCACCCCGUCGAAGCCAGCCAUGCCGCCGCGAUCGUCGUCAUUGAAGCCAUACCAGCUCAAGACUGAUGUCGCCCGUACGCCGCAACUGCCCGCCGGAGCCACGACUCCUCUGGACAACCUUCCCACGCCAGGACUGGUGACAUAUCCCCCCGAACCCGCGACAUGGACCAACAUGCCCAACAAGGGCCAACUCGCCCUGCUUGCCGCCAGUCGCUUCGUCGACUUCUUCCAAAUGGCCGCCCUGCAGACAUACAUGGUACAUCAGCUCAAGAGCUUCGAUCGCAGCCAGCCCGAUUCCGUCAUAUCGCACCAGGCAGGAAUGCUCCAGGGCAGUUUUACCGCCGCCCAGAUUAUCACGAGUAUUCUCUGGGGUCGCGCCGCGGACCAGCCAGGAGUAGGCAGGAAACUGGUCCUCAACAUUGGAAUGAUCGGUACCGCCAUUGGCUGCAUUGGCGUAGGCUUCAGCACCAGCUACCGACAGGCUGUUGCCUGGAGAGUCUUGAGCGGAGCCAUCAACGGCACUGUAGGGGCAGCUAGAACCAUGGUUGCCGAGUGUACUGAUAAGCGCUGGCAUCCGCGCGCCUUUUUACUCCUUCCUGCUGCUUUCAAUGUUGCCAACGUCUUGGGCCCGAUCCUCAGUGGUCUUCUCGCCGAUCCCGUAGCUGCAUAUCCUCACCUGUUUGGCCCCAACUCGACGUUUGGUGGUGCAGAAGGCAUCGCAUGGAUGAAGAAUCAUCCUUACGCCGCACCCAACCUCCUCUGCAGUCUGUUGCUCAUAAUUGAAGCACUGCUCUGCACCUUCUUCCUCGACGAAACCCUCAAAGGCUUCACAGAAGUCGAUGUCGGCGCCUUCAACCCAGUAACCAUUGGCAAAGGCAUUUGGAACCGUCUGUACGAGGUCAAGAACAAAGGUUACAAAUUGGUUGGCGAGACAGCCAUGGCUCGGAGAGGUCUCUUGACUGGACGCGACGAAGGAAGCAUCGAACUCGAUCGCAUCGCCGACGCCAACGAAACCCGUGAGAGACAGGACUCGCAUGCUAUCCGUCCUAUGCAACGUCUUCCUUUCCGUCGCGUGUGGACACCCAACGUAUGCUGGACUCUUCUCUCCAUCGCCAUCUUCGACUUCCACAUGGGUGCCUUUUCAACUCUGUGGAUCCUUUUCCUGUCCACAUCUCGCGAGUUUGUGCCUGGANAGAGCACAGACGGCAAGCCGCAAAAGCAGGAAAGAGGUGUGUUUAAGUUCGGAGGCGGUCUCGCUUUCCCACCUCCCACAAUAGGUCUUGCGAUGGCCAUUAUCGGCUUCGUAGGCAUCAUCCUUCAAUUCGUCCUCUAUCCGCGCGCCAAUGCCAAGUUCGGCCUCAUGCGCUGUUUCCGGUCUUCCCUUUUCUUCUUCCCUCUAGCAUAUUUUCUGGCACCGUAUAUUGCUCUCAUGCCCUCCGACUCUGCCUCACCAGCCCCAGCCUCAGGCUUCUGGAUAUGGCUCGGCAUCGGCGGUGUCGUGUUCCUCCAAGUCGCGGCUCGCACAUUCGCACUCCCUGCUUCCAUCUUGCUGCUCAACAAUAGUUCGCCUCAUCCUUCUGUAUUGGCUACUAUUCAUGGAUUGGGUCAAGCAGACAGUGCGGCUUUCAGAACCAUUGGACCUAUUUUAUCUGCUUCUUGGUAUGGUACCUGGCUUGAAAGAGGGGUGGUGGGUAUGGCGUGGUGGUAUGUUGCUGCCAUAUCGGCUCUGGNNAGCGCUGCGGCGAGCUUUAAAGUCAGGAAUGGAAAUGGGCAUGAGAUUAUGUUGCCGGGAGAAGAGGAGAGGGCUGAUGAGCAAGGUUCUGCUGAGCCGACGAGGAAGUAG